AUGUGCACAAUUAGUGAGAUCGUACUGACAAUUUCAGUGCAACAACAAGAAUAUAUUGACGAAAACAACGAGAGUCCGACUUACGGUCAAAUGAUUAAGAAAGGAAUUUUAUUUAUUGAAUUAUGUGAUACUGGCAUUGGCAUAAAUCCCGAAUAUAUACAACAUAUUUGGGAAAGUUUUUCACAAGGUGACAUGUCAAUAACAAAGGGGCAAGAUGGUGCAGGACUUGGUCUUUCAAUUUGUAAAAGUCUGGUGGAAAUUAAUGGAGGGGAAAUUAAAGCAGAAAGUCUAUUGGGAAAAGGAAAAAAUAAGCUAUAUGUUACCUUAUGCUAUAAAAAACUAAUUGUUCAUUCAAUCGAAAGUGUGAGAAACUCAUUGUUGAAAUAUCUUAAAAAGGUUGAAAAAGUUGAUGCAUUUGAUACUUUUGACAAAGAAGAAGUUAUAAAUGCUGUAUUAGAGUUGAAGAAAUUGGAAAUUAAUAAUAAUAAUUUAGCAAUAAUAUUUAUAGCAUUUCAAAGUGAUAGAGGAAUUAAAUUAGCAGAACUAAUUGAAAA